AUGUUCGCUCCAGGCCGAGGGUUAGCCUUGAGGCAGGCCUUAGGGUCCUCGUCAUCCGUUUCAUUACCGACUUUCCUCGUUCCCGCCUUCCAGACGACGUCGCGACGACAAUUCUCUGCAUCGACACAUCGGUCGUCGAAGCUCGGCCGGACGCCUCUCUCGAUCCCUCCCGGCGUCGACAUCGUCAUUGGCGAGCCCAGAGUGAAGCGGGAUGCGACAUCAUACUUGAAGAUUGCCAAGCGGACGGUGUCCGUGUCAGGACCGUUGGGAAAGCUUGAUCUCGAGAUCCCCCCCUUCCUCAAGAUCGAUCACGACACGGAGGCGAGAAAGGCCACCCUCACAAUCGAGGACGACACGGUGAAGGAGCAGAAGGAGAUGUGGGGCACAACCUGGGCGUACCUCAACCGCUACAUCAUUGGCGUCUCGGAGGGCCACACGGCGGUCCUCCGUCUCGUGGGCGUGGGCUACCGUGCGUCGGUCGAGCAGCGCGGCGGCAAGGCGACGUUCCCCGGCCAGCUGUUCCUCUGCCUCAAGCUCGGUUUCACGCACCCGAUCGAGGAGCCGAUCCCCAAGGGCGUCACGGUCACGACGCCGACGCCGACGCGCAUCUUGAUCGAGGGCAUCGACCGCGAGGAGAUUAUGAGCUUCGCGGGCCGCGUGCGCAAGUACCGCCCGCCGGAGCCCUACAAGGGCAAGGGCGUGUUCGUCAACGACCAGACGAUCAAGCUCAAGCAGAAGAAGAUCAAAUAG